AUGAGGACGGUGCGCGUAAACCUCCCCCUGGCUGUAAUGCUGGGCCUUGCCGGGUCCAGCACGGCCUUCCUGCAGAGCGUGCGGCCUACCAACUUCGUGGUGCCGGCGCACAAGUACAAUGCGGCGGUGUCCCGAACGCGCGCGGCGGCGCAGCCGCGCCCCGCGGCCGCGACGGGCCGAGGCAUGCGCAUCAUGUCGGCGGCGGUGGAUGAGACCGAGACGACGGAGGCUGCUGCCGAGGCAACCCUCGAGGAGGCUGCGGAGGAGAUCCCGGUCGCUGCUGCCGUCGACGACCCGAUCUCUCCUGCCAUGGAGGAUGACGACGACGCGGUGUCGAUCGCUCUGGAGGACAUCGUUGUGGGCGAGGAGUACGAAGGCGUGAUCAACAACGUCGUCACCUACGGCGCCUUCGUGGACAUCGGUACCGAGGUGAACGGGUUGGUGCACAUCUCUCAGUUGGCCGACGAGUUCGUGGCCAACUGCGACGACCACGUUAAGGAAGGAGACAUGGUGCGUGUGCGCGUGCUGAACGUGGACGGCGAGGCCCGCAAGCUGGUGCUGUCCAUGCGCCAGAAGCCCCGCUCGUCGAGCGCCGAGCAGGGCAACGUCCAGAAGUACGCCGACAUGCUCGCCGAGGACCCGAGCCAGUUCGUGUCGGCCAAGGUCGAGAACAUCGUGAGCUACGGCGCGUUCUUCGGCCUCGAGGACGGCUGCUCCGGCUUCGUGCACAUCUCGCAGAUGUCGCCCACCGGCGAACACGUGGCGGACGUGAGCGACGUCUUGACCGUGGGUCAGGUUGUCGACGUGCGCAUCCGUGAGGUGGACGAGAAGCUCGGGCGCAUCAACAUGAGCCUUCUCCCGUACGGCCAGGGCGAAGCCCCCCGGUCGGCGCCGGUGGCCGCCACCAAGGACGUGUCCCACCUCGCCGGCUCCGACCCGACCGAGUUCCGCAAGGGCACCGUCUCCGCUGUGGCGGACUACGGGCUUUUCGUCAACAUCGAGGGCGUCGACGGCCUGCUGCACGUCUCCAAGAUGAGCACGGACCGCUCCAUCACCUCGGAGAACAUCCACUCGCACUACGAAGAGGGCCAGGAGGUCGAGAUCCGAAUCAUGGAAGUCAACACGGCCAACAACAAGAUGUCGCUCAGCAUGCUCCCCCCCACGGAGGAGGCUGACUUCGGCAGGUACACGAACGUCCCCAGCGAGGAGUGGCUGGAGGGUACCGUGGUGUCGAUCAUGAACUACGGCGCGUUCGUGAGGCUGGACGGCGACGUGGACGGCAUGGUGCACAUCUCCCAGCUGGACCCCCACGGGGAGAGGGUGGACUCUGUGUACAACUCGGUCGAGAUCGGCCAGGACGUGAGGGUGCGCAUCCUAGAGGCCGACCCGAGCUCCAGGAAGCUUCGCCUCACAAUGAGGGAGGAGGGAUACGAGGGUGCCACCGGCGGCAACAUGGGCGGCGGCGGAGGCGGCGGCAACGACCGCCGCGGCACGAAGAAGGCCAAGUCCGUUGAGCAGUUCCUUAACCUCUCCCCGGAGGAGUGGAUCAGCGGCCGCGUGGCGUCCAUCACCCACUUCGGCGCGUUCGUUGCCGUUGACGACGACACGGACGGGCUCCUCCACAUCUCGCAGAUCGCUGAGGACCACGUCAGCAACGUCGAGGACCACCUGCAGAUCGGGCAGGAGGUCCAGGUGCGCGUGAUCGAGGUCGACGUGGACAACUGCCGGCUCGGGCUGAGCAUGCGCGAGCCCCGCCAGAACUCCCCUCGCGGCGCGCGGGGGAAGAAGGACGUGAGCGUCCUGCUCGGCCGGGACCCUGACGAGUUCAUCCCCGGGAGGGUCGUGUCGAUCGUGCCGUACGGCGCGUUCGUGAACAUCGAGGGCAACAUCGACGGGCUCGUGCACAUCUCCGAGAUGGCCAUCGGCCGCGUGGACAGCGUGGAGGACGUGUGCGAGAUGGGCCAAGAAGUUCAGGUCCGCAUCUCGGACAUCAACACGGACAACAACACCGUCAACCUUUCCAUGGUGCCCGCGGGCGCAUACGACGACAGGAGUGGUGGGGGCUACGGCGAUGAGGGUUUCGGGGCAGAAGGCGGUAGGCGGGGGCGCGGGGGGGGCAGGGGACGCGGGGGGAUGGACUCCGCCGCGUUCGGGCGCGAAGACUUCGCCGACACGACCCAGGGGGGCGAGGGCGGCGGCGGGGCAGACUGGCAGCAGUUCCUCAACAAUUACUUCGACGACAAGGAGUAGAGCUUCUUUGGUGCUUGCUUGCCGGUGGAUGAGUGGGGGUUUGAUAGGUUGGACGUACUGCUGUUCCGGUCUUGGGUUGCUUUGGUUGAAGACGCUGCUGCUGCUGCUGCUGCUGCUGCUGCUGCUGCGAUCGUCGUUGUCGUCGCCGCCUUGGGGGUUUGAGCGGUGACUAGAGGGCGGAAGUUAUUGCUUUCGGGACACCCCUCGUUGACCACUUUAAAGGGAAGAUCUUGUUCGUGAGAGAGAAGAAUCCCUGGUUGAUUGCUGAAGCUAUAAUCGAUUUUGUCCGGGAUGGUGGUCUCUACCCGUUUAGGGGGAACUUUGGUUGUCUCGUUAACCAAGUAGCUUGCUUCGCUCGAGAUUCUUUUUGCUGUCUUGCUUUGGAGUUGAACCAGUUGGUGCGGUGCAAGAGGGCGGCGGAGUAGGGUAUGGAUCAGCGCAGCGCUUGUUAGCUAGCACCCAAGCACGACAUGGUAAAUUUUAGUAUCGUUUGUUGUUUUAGGUAAAGUGGGGGGGUGGGAGCUUGUUUCUCGUGAUUUCUACCAGACAGACAGACAGAUAUGAAAGAGAGAACGAUGGGGGGAGCUAGGGUUGGUUUUGUUUCUGGAGUGUACGGCGGGGUGAUAUUUCGGUGUUCGCGAUAAGGCCGGGUGUGUCACGAUGGUACCCACCGCGCCUACAAUAGAGAAAAAGAAGGUUUAGGGCGUGUGACUGACUGGCGUUCGCCGGAGGACGUGUUGGUCUCUCACGGCCAUGCAUGCAGUCCCUACCUACACUCGGCUCCGCGUGUCGGUUCGGGGUAAUAGCCGGGUAGUCAAACAGGCUUGGUUGCAUGACGCAGUUACCCCGGGAUUUGUUCCAUGUGGGGUCGUUUUUUUUUAGGUCACACAUAGGUUUGAUUGUAACGCCGCUGAAUUUCUUUGUUCGGCACCAUUUAUCUUGAAAACGACACGUGGAGGCGUUGGGCGGGAGGGGGUGCUCGGCGUUUGGGAACUCGUCUGGGAAAGAGGUGCAUGCUCUCCUUUUGUUUCGUUUUAAACAGGAAGAAACAGGGGGGAACUCUCUAUCAAAUG